UGGGGGAGGGCUGCGGGAGCUGAGCGCUGCCGGGGACUACAGCAGGUGCAGCCGAGCGGCGGACAGACGGACGGGGCCAUGGACGCGGGCGGCGCGAGACUCGGCUGCCUCCUGGCGGGUCUGGCCUUCCUGCUCACAGGGGCUGGAGGCUCUGAAGCAGAGCAUCGUCUAUUCAAUCGGCUGUUUCAGGGCUAUAAUGAAAUCAUCCGGCCGGUAGCCAAUGUGUCUGACCCGGUCAUUAUCCAAUUUGAGGUGUCCAUGUCCCAACUGGUAAAAGUGGAUGAAGUUAACCAGAUUAUGGAAACCAACCUCUGGCUGAAACACAUCUGGAAUGACUACAAGCUGAAGUGGAAUCCAGCGGACUAUGAUGGGGCUCAGUUCAUGCGUGUGCCCUCCCAGAAAAUAUGGAAGCCUGACAUUGUGCUAUACAAUAAUGCAGUUGGGGAUUUCCAAGUUGAUGACAAGACCAAGGCCCUGUUGAAAUACACAGGAGAAGUGACUUGGAUCCCUCCUGCCAUCUUUAAGAGUUCUUGCAAAAUUGACGUAACUUACUUCCCAUUUGACUACCAAAAUUGCACCAUGAAGUUUGGUUCCUGGUCCUAUGAUAAAGCUAAAAUCGACCUGGUCUUGAUUGGCUCCUCGAUGAACCUCAAAGACUACUGGGAAAGUGGUGAAUGGGCCAUUAUCAAUGCCCCUGGGUACAAACAUGACAUCAAGUACAACUGCUGUGAUGAGAUCUAUACUGACAUCACUUAUUCUCUUUACAUCAGGCGCCUGCCUCUGUUCUACACCAUCAACAUGAUCAUUCCCUGCCUCCUGAUUUCUUUUCUGACGGUACUGGUGUUCUAUCUGCCUUCUGACUGUGGGGAGAAAGUGACCCUCUGCAUCUCGGUCCUUUUGUCCCUAACCGUGUUCCUCUUGGUGAUCACUGAAACCAUCCCUUCCACAUCUCUGGUCAUUCCCCUGAUCGGGGAAUAUCUCCUGUUCACCAUGAUUUUUGUCACCCUCUCUAUCGUCAUUACCGUCUUUGUUCUCAACGUACACUACCGUACCCCCAAGACCCAUACGAUGCCCCAAUGGGUGAAGACCAUAUUCCUGAACUGGCUGCCCAAAAUCAUGUUCAUGGCCAGACCUGCCAGCAGCGAGGAGGCUUCUCAGAAGUGCAGGCCAUUCUCUAGCGCUGAGCUCUCCAACCUCAACUGCUUCAGGGGUUCAGAAGCAAAAUGUUGCAAGGGGGGAUCGACUUGUCAGGAUGGGGCAUGUGGCGUCUGCCGCCACCAGAGGAUCAAGCUCUCCAACCUGAGCUCCAACCUUCCAAGGAGCGCCAGCUCGGAAUCCGUGGAUGCCAUGCUUUCCUUCUCAGUUCUGUCUCCAGAAAUGAAAGAUGCAAUCGAAAGCGUCAAGUACAUUGCUGAAAAUAUGAAGGCGCAGAACGAGGCCAAAGAGAUUCAAGAUGACUGGAAAUAUGUUGCCAUGGUCAUCGACCGCAUCUUCCUGUGGAUUUUCAUUCUGGUUUGUAUUUUAGGAACAGCAGGGUUGUUUUUGCAGCCUCUGAUGAUUGGAGAUGACGUAUAGCCGCAGGAUCACAUCAGUCAGGAAGGCCUUUGUGACUCUCCCUGCCAAAGCUUGACCUGCUCCUGUUCCAUUGUCCAAGAGCUCACUCUGUCUGCCAUCUUUCUUUAAGGGAACAGACGUGUCUCUAAUACUACUGUCAUCCACAUACCUCCUUUGUUUUUGGCUAGUAAACUUUCCUUUUUAACUUCCAUCUUAAUACUCUUCACUUCACUCCCCCAUGACACCAUAACACCACCUACACUCAAGUGUGCACCAUGAAAAAAAAGUGUAUUAACAUGUUUAUCCCUUAUAUCAAAGAGUAUGGAUAACCAAAUAUCAUAAAUAAUCUAACAUGAGGAAAAUAACAAAUAAAAAUUGGAAAGCUUAAUUCUUCUAUGUGGAAAUUUUGUAUAUUUAGCAUAAUUCAAUUUAGCAAAAUUUUAUUAAGUGCGAGACACUUGGGGGAAUAAGGAUGAAAAAACAAUUUCCAUCUUCAAAGAGCUUACCUGUUAAUAGGGAACAAGUUUAUAUACAUAAAUAAGCAAAGGAUCAGAGAUAGACAAAUGAAAGGAUCCUAACAGUUAUCAGAUCACAGAUUUAAAGCUGGAAGGGAUCUUAGCAUCCAGCCCUUCUGUUUUACAAACAAGGAAACCAGGGCCCCACAACAUUAAGUAAGCCAUGAUAUGAACUCAGGUCUUAAUGAUCCAUUGUGAUCAGAACAGAAAGAAGGGAGAUCUGGACAGUGCAAAUUUGUAAAGAGGUAAUUCAGUGUCUGCUGGCAGGAGGUGGCCAGGGAAGGCUUCCUGGAGGAUGUGAAAGAGCCUUUUCCAAAUACUUCAAUGAUUAAGAGAAGAUCACUAGAGAGGAAACCCUGACAGAGUUUGGAGGCAUUUGGCAGGACUUGUGAUUUCAGUGGUAUAAUUAAACAGCAAGGUAGCACAGUGUUAGAAGGCUAGAUUUGGAGUCAGUAAGACAUACUAGCAAGCCAUUUAAUCUCUGCCUUGAUAUCCUCACCCACAUAAUAAAUCCAUAAUGAAACACUUACUUCACAAACAUUAUUGUGAGACUCAAAUGAGAUAACCUGUACAUGGCUUUGCAAAACUUAAAGCACUUAAUAAUCAUUCAUUAUAACAUAAUAAUCAUUAUAUAA